AUGCAACAGCUUGACUAUCGAAAAAAGAAUCUUCAGAAUGAAUUACAUGAUGCUAAAAUUAAAGAAGAAGAAAUCAGUAAGCAAAUUGAAGAAUACAAACGUCUGACCGAAGAACAUCGAGUGGAAUUGCAUCGAUUGGAUGAUGAACUCAAAGAAAAAAAUCGUGAAAUCGAACGAUUUGAAGAAGAACUUGAAACUUUACGUGACAAUCAACUUAAAUUAGAACAGGAAUCUCGACAACUUAAACAUGAGUACAAUCAUCUACAGCAACAAUUAGAAAAAAGUGAAGAAGAAAUUGAACAACUUCAAGAACAAAGCAACGAUUUUAAUGAUCAAAAAGCGCAUUUAGAAAAAAAACAAGUUCAUCUCGAACAGGAACGUCAGCAAAUCGAAAAGAAAAAACAAGAUUUUACUCAGCAGAUGCAACAGCUUGAACAACAAUCGAAAGAACUGAAAAUUCAAUUGGAAGAAUCGAAAAAAGAAAUAUAUCAAACGAAAAAUAGUAUUGAACAAUUUCGAGAUGAGCUUAAUCAAUUUCUACAAAACAAAGAUACACUCGAACGACGACGAAUCGAACUUGAACAUCAAUUAAAUGAAAAUGAAUUAGCUCGAGAUCGUCUUCAAGAAGAAAAAAUCAAAAUCGAAAACGCCCUUCGACGAAUUCAACAACUCAUUGACAUGAAAAAAAAUCGAAAGAAUGAACUUGAUCAACACAAACAACAACUACGACAAGAAGAAAAUCAGAUCAAAGAAAAUAUUCUUCAAAUUAAACAAGAAGUAAAUACCAUUGAAGAAACAAUCAAAUCAUUUCAAAAUAUUCUACAAACAAUUAGAGAAGAAAUUAACAAAUUGGCACAGGAGAUUGCACAGCAAGAACAAUUGUUGCAGCAGUUGAUUCAACAAAAACAAAAGAUCGAGACUGAAAUACAACUGAAAAUUCAGGAACGAGCAAAGUUGGAACAAGAAAAACAGACAAUUAUUCAAAAGAUCCAACUUAAAAAUGAGGAAUUGAAAAAAGCGGAAGAAUUAUUAGAAAAACUUCAGGAGAAUGUCAAAACGCUUGAAAAUGAACUACAAAAAUUAGAAGAUGAACUUCGUCGUCUCACCGCUGAACGCGAUCAGUGUGCAGCUCAGUUGGAGAAAGAAAAAGAAAAACUUCAAGAACUCGAACAAGAAUUGAUUAAUGAAAUAGCACAACUGCAUAUUGCUGAACGAGCGGUCAAAGAACAAAGAAAACAACAGUGUAUAGCUGAGCAAACACUUCGGAAGAGUCAAUUUGAAGAAGCAGUAGCUCGAAAACAGGAAUUCCUGACUCAAUUGCAGGUAAAUCAGGCAAGAAUCCGUUUAGUAGCUGCUCAAGUCAAGCUAAGUUUAGCUAUAGCUGAACUAACAGCUGCCACAAUAACGAAUCCGAGUGCAGUACCCCGCGCACUUGCCAAAGUCGCGAAUUGCAAAAGUGUUGUCGUUGAAUUAACGAUUGUUCUACGACAGUGUACUGAAGCUCUCAAAAUUCGGAAACAAGCUCAUCUUGACGCUCAAACGAGGACAGCUGAGAGUCAAAAACAACUUCAACAAGUCGAAGAGACUUUGAAAGUAAAAGAAGAAAAAUUAAUCACUCAAAAGGGAAAGGUUACUGAGAGUAAAAAUAAAGUUGAACAUCAGAAAACAACGUUCAAAGAAAACGAGAAAAAUCUUAAUAAACUAAAAAAUGAUUCUAAACAAGUGGAAAGUCAAAUCAAAGACAAAAAUAAAGAAUUAUCCAAAGCUAAAUCUGAUGUCGAAAAACAAACAACAAAAAUAACUAAAUUGAAAAGUGAUUUACAAUCCUUCAAUGAGUCAGUCGAACGUCUUACAGAAAAACUUCAACAAACCGAUAAUGAAGUCAAUCAACGGCAAGAGCAAGUGCGUGAUUUACAACAACAAUGUCUCGCUAAACAAAAUGAAAUUCGACCAAAGCAGACUCAACAAGCUGAGAAAACUGCGGAACUAAAAAACAAUGAACAAAAAGUUGAACAACAUCAACUCAUCCUUCGUGAGAAAAAUAUCCUCCUUCAAAAUGCAAACAAUAACCUUGAAUGUAUCAAAGUAAAUAUGGCCAAUAUUUUCAGAUCUGUUUAUCAGUUAGAAGACGAAUUAGCUCAGCAAGAACAAUUGAAGAGUGCUGCAGAGAGACAACAACGAAGAUUAGACGAACAAAAAGUUAACAUUGAAACAGAAUUGACAAGACAGAAACAGGAAAAACAAGAAUUCGAGAAGAAUAUCUCUCGGCUAUCUCGUGAUAUCCAACAACAACAACACAUUCUCAAUGAGAAACAACAGACUAUGGCCGAUUUAAAAUCACGAGUCAACUACAAAGGAAAAGAAUUGGUUGCAAAGCAACAAGAAUAUGACAAUCAUCAACAACAAUUGGACACUAUUGAAGCAGCAUUGAUUAAAACACAUCGACAGAUCAUUGAUAUCGAUGCUCGGAAUCGAAAACACGAACUUUAG